AUGUCAGCCUACGAGGAAAUGUCGGCGAAGACGCCACGACGUCUGUCACCCAUUUGGAUUCUGGUGCUCACCCUGCUUCUAUUUGCGACCACCUUAACGGUCGUGGCCAUGAUCGAAGCUGGGCGGGCACAGAGCCACUCGGGUGGCGAAAGCGAUCUCCUGAUCCUCACACGCAUGUGGAAUCACUUUAAAACCGGUGCCGAAAAUGAUACGGAAAUCGCCACCGUGGAACGCAUUGCCCGGGAAGCGGGAAAUGCAACUAAUCCCAGUCCUAAUCCGGAUCAGGGUAGAAACUUUAACUACGAGGAGCAGCAGGCGGUGGUGGUGAAUGCGGAAAGCAUGGAUUCCGUCAUGGGACAACGUAAAGAUGCCUACGGUCCACCACAGAGCAGGGAGGACUCCUCCUACGACCAGGAUCCCUACUACGAUGUGGCCGACGACUACGGACCGGGACGAUAUCCAUAUCCCGAGUCCAAACAGGAGUCGGCGGAGGAGGAGGAGAGCUUCUAUGACAAAGAUGAGGGCAGGGCGUCAGCGCGACGUCCCUACGAUUCUUUCUACGCCCCCUGGGCACAUCCACAGAAGCCAGCUCCAGUGGCCACUCAUCCUGCAGCUGAGGGCAAUAACAGGAAGCUCCAGGCAGGUCCUCCUAAUAGAUCCCCCUAUCCCGCCUACGAUGAGGUCUACGACUAUCCGAUGGGCUUCCAGCCACGACCUCAUCCGGAAACUGAGGUGGCCAAGCAAUCUCAGCCCGCCUCCGAUAAUGCAGUGGCCCAAGUACAGAGUGAAUCCACCCUAGUCACCGUGCUGAAGAGUCUGAAGCAGAUCUGGGAUCUCUACCAGGCUUUAAUGGGUGCGUGGAACGCGGUGAGCGAACGUCAUCAGCAGAGCACCGAGAAGUUCCGGCAGGAGCAGGCGGCGAAGCAGGCCGAGAAGGAGCGACUGCGUCAGCAGCAGCAGCAGAAGACCAGGAUUAACUCCAAGAAACCACCACGAGUGGAGGGAAACAAAAAGAACCAGAACAAGAAGCCCAGCACAACGACAACCAAGUCAACAACCACGUCCACGACGACUUCUGCUCCGGAAAAUUCUGAGGAAGAUGAUGAGGAGGACGAGGAGGAGGAAAAGCAGCCGGAGAAGAAGAUGGAGAAAGUUGAGACGGUAACUCCCUCGGCUCCAUCCACCAAAGUGGCCGCUGUCAAGGGGGAAAAGGGCAAUCUGAGAUCUGUUCGAGGACUACGACAUAGACGCGAUGCCGAGGCGGAGGAGAAAGCAGACACAGAUGUGGGCGAGGGUCGCUAUAUCAAGGGCGAUCCCCUCAAGGGAUACUACGAUUUCGUCAUCACGGAGGGCUCCUACAAGUUCUGGGCCGUCUUUCAGGUGGGCACAGCACUGCUGAUCAUCUACUCAACGUUCGCCGCUAUUUACUACUCCAAGGUUAAUCCUUUGACCAGUGACUACGACUAUACGGAUUAUCUGGGCGGAGUUCGUUCUCUGUCCGGUGGUGAUGCGGAUUUUGUGGACGAUGGCGAUGCACCGACGCCGCCAGUCUCGACAACAUCCCGCAUCAUGGAGUGGCUACCACGAACGGCGCACUCCAUCAAGUUCAUUUUAGAGGCCAUCGACAAGGUGCCACUGGAUCAUGAUAAGGACAAGGAGCCCGGCUGGGGCAUGAGAUAG